AUGCCAAUUUGUGUAUGGGUGCAUUCGCCAGCUUUGAGGACCGAUAAUGUGACGGUUAUAUGCCCCGAUCUGGCACUCUUCCGCUGCAACGAGCAGUUAGCACGUCACUGCAUGGAGCAGCACAGCAGCACGAGCGACGCCCAGAAUAUAACAGAGCAUAUUUUUCAGUCGUGGGAUAAUUUUGAAGUUAGUAUGGAAGAAAGAGAAGGAGCACUAAACUUUUACAAUGCUUGUUCUGAGGACCACGAGAAGGCUAGCCCGCCACACUGUCUAUUAUUUCGUAUACCAAGAGGUAGCGAAAAUGCCAUGGACCCGCAGGAGCAGAAGACGAGGAAACACAAGGGAAUUUUAAGGAACGCAUACGCAAAAACCAGAGACAACCGCUGGGCUGUCGUGUGCGAGUGCCGCACUGAUCAAGUUUACAAGGUCAGAAUAGUAGAAGCUUGUGAUUGCAGAGCCGAGCGAAACUCCCACUGCGAAAGAUGCAACAUUUGCGCAUUUCGUGUGUGUUGUAACUGUUACGAAGCAUAUCAGGCUGGCGUUUGUUGUAUACAUGCAUAUGCUUUAGCCACGUUUUGUGAGGAAGUCCGUCAAAUGUUUUGCCUUAUUUGCGUCAACACAAGAGGAGACCCCUUUGUACGGCGUUUCGGACGCAGGGCUCUUCAGUCGUACGUGGAAGGACCAGAGGAAGAUUCCCAAGUCAUAUAG